CAAAGUGUUGCAUCACCACUAACCGGUAAUGCCUUUAUUUCUUGUAGUGAAUGUUUUAAUUUCUUUUUUACUUUUAUAGUUGCUCAAGAUUAUUAGUUUGCUUACAAAGAAAAACAUAUAUAUAAUCCAUAUAAUAAUGCUUUUCAAAUUCAUUACCCAAAUAUAUAGAAAAUAUACAUGUCUAUAUAGUCUAUAUAGUUGAAAUUACGUUAGUUCAUAAAUGAAUGAGAUAGUGUCUCUAUUCAUUAACAAAUUAAUUUGUAGUAUAUUCUAAUAAACUAUAUUCUAAUAAACAUCAACAUGGAUGGUAUAUGAUAUAUAUAUAAAUUGAACAUGGAUAGAUUCUAAUAAACUUCAACUAUAUAAAUAAUCAACGUGGGCAUCUUCCAACAAACUUUAACAAUAUAAAUAGCCACUUAUGUUCUCUCAGGUUUAAUACCUUGCAUAAGAGAAAAAAAUAAACAUAAAACCCAAGAAAAAAGCAGAGUUGCGAUGACAAAAGGGUGGUUCUUUGGGUGGCAAGCCGUGGCGUUCUCCUAUCUGUUUAUAAUAUUUUUCACAACCCUUGUGACAUCACAACCACAAACUAACCUACUACUUAGAUCAUGCAGCUUACUGAACUCGAGGAGUUUCUUCACCAAUCUUAAUGAGACCUUUAGGGAGGUCAGAAGACAAUUAUCCGACAACAACACCUACUUUGCAACUGCUGAGCAGUCUCGCAACAGGGAACCCGUCUACAUGAUGGCACAAUGCAGACUUUAUAUGUCAACAGCUGACUGCCUUGAUUGUUAUGAUGUGGCCACUUCAAAUGCACGUUCUUGUGCAGCUGCGACUGGUGCCCGAGCUGUUCUGGAUGGCUGCUUUCUCAGGUACGAUACUAGACGUUUCUACGAUGAGUCAACACAACCAGGAAAUGUUGGCUUAUGUGGAAACCGCACUGCAAUUAGGCCAAAACGUUUCCAAACAGCAUUGGACGGAUUGUUAUUAAAUCUCACAAUAGCCACGCCUAGAAUCAAGGAUCUGUUUGCAGCCUCCUCUAGUAAUAUUGCUCGUAGCAAUAAAAGUGUCUACGCUAUAGCACAAUGUGCACCAACAUUAGCACCCAACGGUUGCAAGGAAUGCCUACAGAUGGCAUAUUCCAACAUAAUGAAUUGUUUACCUUUCGUUGAUGGAAGGGCACUAGAUACAGGGUGUUUUAUGAGAUACUCGUCCACACCCUUUUUCAGCAAGAAUAAAACAACGAUCAUUGAACCCUUUCUUGUGCAAGAUUCGAGCCAUAAGGGAGUUAUUAUUGGGGGAGUUCUUGGCAGCGUAGGCUUACUGAGCGUCGUUUUUCUGGCCAUAAUUAUCUGGUGUCGUCGAUUGAAAAAGAAAAACACAAAAAAAGGUUACUUAUAUGGGCAAAGUGAUAGACUACAAGAUCCAUUGAAGUAUCGUUACCGUGAUUUAAAGAAGGCAACAAAGAACUUCUCCGAUGAUUACAAACUUGGAGAAGGAGGAUUUGGAGAAGUAUACAAGGGUGAGGUAAAGACUGGAAAUACAAUUGCAGUGAAAAAACUACUCGUUAGUAGUGCAAAUGCGGAAUUUCAGAGUGAAGUUCGAGUACUUAGUAAUGUCCAUCAUCGAAACCUGAUACGCCUUCUUGGGUGUUGUAGUGAGGGACCAGAGUUGCUUCUAGUCCUUGAGUACAUGGAAAAUGGAAGCCUUGAAAAGUUCUUAUAUGGUGAAAGAAAGGGGAUUCUUAACUGGAAACAACGUUAUGAGGUUAUUUGUGGCACAGCAAAGGGUCUUGCUUAUCUACAUGAACAAUACCAUGUGACAAUUAUCCAUAGGGAUAUAAAUCCACGCAACAUUUUACUUGAUAAAGAUUUUCAACCAAAAAUUGCAGAUUUUGGACUUGCAAGGCUUUUACCCGAGGAACAAACCCAUAUUAGCACUAGAGUAGCCGGAACAUUUGGCUAUACAGCACCAGAAUAUGCUAUUCAUGGACAGGUGUCUGAGAAAUCUGACACCUACAGUUUUGGUAUCGUCGUACUUGAAAUUAUUAGCGGCAAGAAGUGUACUGAUGUGUUGGACUUGUCGCAUCCAGACCAAUACCUUCUUGAAUAUGCUUGGAGCGUGUACGAGAAUCAAGUGCCCUUAAACCUUAUUGACGAAGCAGUUGACCGAAGUGAGUGCACAGAACGUGAUGUGAUGAAAAUCAUAGAAAUAGCAUUGAUGUGCACUCAGUCAGUAGUUUCCGAGAGGCCAAAAAUGUCUGAAGUUUUAAUGCUUUUAAAUGAUCGAUCAGGAGACCACAAGCCACCAAAUAGAUUGCCUUUCAAUGUUUCAUAUUUAAACGUUCAUGUUGAUGAUCCCUCAUAUGUUGCUUCAAGCACAUCAAACGCUGUCGCAUCAUUGACUGAACUCACCGGUCGCUAAUUUAUUACGAUAUUGAAAUAAAUUAUCUUGUUUAAAAGAUGUUUGAAGUUGUAUGUAGAUUUUGUGGUAAUUUUAUUAAUAAUUUAUUUGUAUUUUUCAUUAAUUUGGUUGUUGGAAGUAGUUUGUAUCAUUA